AUGGUCUCUUCUCACACGGAGAAGCUGUCGGUCAGAAAUCAUCCUGUCGCGAAUGUUCGUUGCGACAACGUCACGGUGACGUUGACAUUGACAUCGCGUAUUGACGUUACACUGUACGGUAAACGUCAAAUGUUAGAUGUUACGAACGAACCCAGCACUUAUAUGUCGGCAAGCGAGCAGACGGAUUACCUGAUGGUACGACACGGCACGCUACGAAACUCUUCGACACAUGAGUAUGUGUCCACCUUGCAAUACUUCACCAUAGACUUUGAAAUCAUCAUUCACAUGUUACACAUCACAGCCCAUCAUUAG